AUGAAGAAAAAUAUCCUACCGUUUUUGCCAUUUCUCAUAGAGAAACGUUCGAAUCUCCAAAUACUUGGUUUCAUAUUGAUGGUGGUGAUACAGUGCCUAGAUCUCGCACGCACGCUAAUUCAAAUGCUCAUAAAAGAAAGCUUGACGACUCUGAUAUUGAUCCUCAGGAAGAGUCUUCUCGUAAAAGACCUGCUGUUAUUGAAAAUGAGGUUAUCGUUCAAGACGAUGAUCUUAUAAUGACUGAAGAUGGUCCUCAAAGGCUCAUUGUCAUUGAUUAG